UUAGCGCAGGGCUUACGCGGGGGGCCCGGUCCGCUGCAGCCAUGUGGGCUGGGAGCGGGAGCAGACUUGCCCCGGGUUGCCCGGUCGCCCUAGGGUGCCGAGUUAAGGGGCGGGUUCCUGCCGCUCAUCCUCCGCCCGGCGAGGACUGCCAGGUGCGCGGGCUUCCCAGAGCAGUGUUCUCUGAAGCCUAAAUUAUCCAAUGAAAAUGAAACGCUGGUACAAUGAAUGUUUUAAAGGAAGUUGGGCUACUCACAAGUUACUUCAUAAGAAAGCGAAAGAUGAAAAGGCAAAGCGAGAAGUGUCUUCCUGGACUGUAGAAGGUGACAUUAACACCGACCCAUGGGCAGGUUAUCGAUAUACUGGGAAACUCAGACCACAUUAUCCACUGAUGCCAACAAGACCAGUGCCAAGUUAUAUUCAAAGACCAGAUUAUGCUGAUCAUCCUUUAGGAAUGUCUGAAUCUGAACAGGCUCUUAAAGGUACUUCUCAAAUUAAAUUACUAUCAUCUGAAGAUAUAGAAGGGAUGCGACUUGUAUGUAGGCUUGCUAGAGAAGUUUUGGAUAUUGCUGCUGGGAUGGUUAAACCAGGUGUUACUACUGAAGAAAUAGAUCAUGCUGUACAUUUAGCAUGCAUUGCAAGAAAUUGCUAUCCUUCUCCCCUGAAUUAUUAUAAUUUCCCAAAGUCUUGUUGUACUUCAGUGAAUGAAGUCAUCUGCCAUGGAAUUCCAGACAGACGGCCUUUGCAGGAAGGCGAUAUUGUUAAUGUGGAUAUCACACUUUAUCGAAAUGGUUAUCACGGGGACCUGAAUGAGACAUUUUUUGUUGGAGAUGUGGAUGAGGGAGCACGGAAACUAGUUCAGACCACCUAUGAGUGCCUGAUGCAAGCCAUCGAUGCAGUGAAACCUGGCGUUCGAUACAGAGAAUUGGGAAACAUUAUUCAGAAGCAUGCCCAAGCAAAUGGGUUUUCAGUUGUUCGAAGCUAUUGUGGGCAUGGAAUCCACAAGCUUUUUCAUACAGCACCCAACGUACCCCACUAUGCCAAAAAUAAAGCAGUUGGAGUGAUGAAGUCGGGCCAUGUAUUUACAAUUGAGCCAAUGAUUUGUGAAGGCGGCUGGCAAGAUGAAACCUGGCCAGAUGGUUGGACCGCGGUGACGAGAGACGGAAAGCGGUCUGCUCAGUUUGAACACACCCUGCUGGUCACGGACACUGGCUGUGAAAUUCUAACCCGGCGACUUGAUAGUGCACGGCCUCACUUCAUGUCCCAAUUUUAAUUUUUCCCAAGAUGGCACAUCUCAAUAAUACCUUCUUACUGUACUAUGCAUUUUAUUGAGAGUACAGAAAGGAAGAGGAAAUUUUUUUUAUCACUUGUUUUGUUUUGACUAUAGAUAAGAAAGGACUACAGCAUUUGAUAUGUGUCCUCAAGAACUUGUCUUGGAUUUGCGAAAGCUGAGAAGAAUAAAGAGAACAUUGCUCAA